ACGUUGCGAUAUUUAGCGACAUUUGUUUUUGUUGUUGGUGCCGCUUACAGGCGCUGUAAAUGGGAUCAGUUGCCAAAAGAUUUCAUAAUUAGCCCAAGCAAACUGCUGCGGACAACAUGGUCUUCAAAUGCCAAGAAGAUAGCUUCUUAAAACAGUUCCGAACGACCGUCGUCUCCUGCGACUAUGCCACUUUAGAGUGGCCCGGAGAGGACAACAGCACAGAGCCGCGAAAACUGCGCGGCUUCAACGUGAUCUGCGAGAAUACCAUUCUGUUUCCAGAGGGCGGAGGCCAGCCCUGCGACUACGGCACCAUCAAUGGACAUCCGGUGCGUAGUGUCCAGCGAAAGGGAAACACAGCUGUUCACUUCGUGGAGUCGCCGAACAGCUUUGAGGAGGGUGCCGAGGUUCAGCAACAUUUGGAUUGGGGCCGACGCCUGGACCACAUGCAACAACAUUCCGGUCAACAUCUUAUUACCGCCCUGUUUGAUCGAGAGUUCAAGUAUGACACCACGUCUUGGUCGCUCGAUAGCAGUGUCUCUCACAUUCAGCUUAGCACUCCCCAUCUGAUUAGCCGCGAGUCCCUCGAUUUGAUUGAGCGACAAGCCAAUGAUCUGAUUCGCGACGGUCGCCCUGUCAGCGUGUUGCUCGUCGAUCCAGAAGUGGCGCAAGAAUUUCAGGACGCACGCGCACCUCGUGGACUGCCCAAGGAUCACGAGGGACUUGCACGUGUUGUGCGCAUCGAGGGCAUAGAAUCUAACAUGUGCUGCGGCACACACGUUACCAAUCUGUCGCAGCUGCAGUGCAUCAAACUGCUCUACGCCGAAAAGGUCAAGGCCAAUGUUUUGGUUUACUUCGUUGUGGGCGAGCGAGCAUUGAGGAAGCUUGGAGAGGUCUUCGCACGUGAGCAACAGCUCACAGUGGCGCUCAAGGGCGGUCCGCAACAGCAUCUAGAGCUUGUUCAAAAGCUACAUCAAAAUAUAAAAUCCACACGAAAAGCGUUUCAGCAGCUGCUCAAAGAUUUCGCCAAUGCAGAAGCUGAGCGCCUGGAGAAUCUGCCCAAAGCUGCCCGACCCAAAUACUUUGCGUUGCAUCGACGUGAUGGCAUCGAAGUAGACUUUAUCAACACAUUUUUGCGGAAUGCCCCCGAGGAAAUAUUCUACUUCCUCACCGUCUCUGAAUGCGUGGCCAGUGGCAGCGCAGCCAAAGGGCAUAUGGUACUGCGCGGGCAGCCAUCGCUGGUGGAGCAGUUCGGGCCCCAAUUUAUGGACCUGCUUGAAGGAAAGGGCAAUGGCAAGGAGAACAACUACCAGGGCAAGAUCACAAAUCUAGCCAAGCUACAGGAUUGCAACGCUUUGCUGGAGGCUCACUUUAAGCCAAAGAAAACGAACCCAGAUCUGGCGGCCGCUUCAUGAAAUGGCAUACGUUUUAAAAUUACAAAUUAUAAUUUGUACUAUUUUGC